AUGCUUGGUGUUGUUCGCUUGAGCGCUUCCCAGGCUGUGCGAGCAUCUGUCCCGCGCUCCUUGUCUACGCGAUUGGCACCGCGACUUGUGCAAUGGCAGUCUCCAUUGACGCAGUCCCCUGCCAUGGGAAGAUUUCUGCAUACCUCGUUUCCCCGGCUGAGUGCUGCUACAGCUGAGGCACGAGCUGAGCCCACCGAGGAUGCCACGUCAGACGCGAUCACCGAGUUCAUGGACUUGAAGACGAAAGGCCUGAUUCAUCCCCGGAUUGUUGACAACAUCACCGAUCCGUCGCGGAUGGGCCUCAAAACCAUGACCGAAGUCCAGAGCCAAACUCUCAACGAGAUGCUCGGGGGGCUGAUUCUGGCGCAAGCCAAAACUGGUACUGGCAAGACGCUCGCGUUCUUGCUUCCAACUAUGCAAAAUAUCAUCAACGAUCCCACGUUUAAGCCAGUCAACCGCGGCUCAAGAGCACCGCGCGGAGCACGUACGACUAGCGCCUCUGAUAUCCGCGCCCUCAUCAUCUCGCCUACUCGGGAACUCGCGGAACAGAUUGCAGUCGAGGCCCGAAGGGUUGCCUAUGGCACCGGCCUGAUGGUACAGACCGCGGUUGGUGGUACGCAGAAGAGAGCCGGGUUGAAGAAGAUUCAACAAGAAGGGUGUCAUUUGCUCGUCGGCACCCCGGGCCGCCUCAAGGACAUCCUUUCCGAUCCCUCCAGCGGUGUCUCGGCGCCGAAGCUGAACACUUUGAUUCUGGACGAGGCCGAUCGGCUCUUGGAUCAGGGUUUCUGGCAAGAACUCUUGGCUAUCCAGGAUCUCCUGCCGGACCCAGUCAAGGUGGACCGUCAGACGCUCAUGUUUUCGGCCACGGUCCCCAAGGAAGUUAUGCAAGUUGUGCGUCGUACCAUGAAGCCUAACUUUAAUUUCGUCAAAACCAUCCGCGAGGAUGAGGCACCCACCCAUCUCAGGGUUCCACAAAAGACUGUGAUUUUGCGGGGGUACGAGAACGCACUGCCGGCUGUGCUUGAGCUCGCCAAAAACUAUCAGGCUCAGCGACAGAAGGACCCGGAAAUGCGGCCCUUCAAGGCAAUUGUCUAUUUCAAUGCCACUGCCGAAGUCAACCUGGCAGCGGCGACUUUCGACCGCAUGGGCACGACCGCCAACGGUCGGCCAGUCCCGCACCCCCUGGGAAGAAUGCAAAUACUUGAGAUCCACUCGCGGUUGUCGCAGUCGCAGCGCACCGUGAGUGCAAAUUCCUUCCGGCGCGCAACCGAGGGCAUCUUGUUCUCGUCGGAUGUGACCGCCCGGGGCAUGGACUUCCCGGAGGUCACCCACGUCAUCCAGGUGGGCCCUCCCCGAGACCGAGAGACCUACAUUCACCGUCUCGGCCGUACUGCUCGUGCCAACAAGACCGGCGAGGGCUGGACCUUGCUUCAUGGCGGGGAGUAUGAGGGUUUCGACCAGAAGCUGGGCGAUCUGCCUCUCAAUAAGGACUCGAAAUCGCUGCUUACCGCUGCCGUGGAUAUGACUAUGCAGCCGCUCCAAGCCUCUGACUCUGCCACCGAAACUAUCACCCAGAUCCGAGAUGCCAUGAAGCAUGUCUCCUACGAUAUAAAGCGGCAGGCGUACGUUGGCCAACUCGGGGGCCUCAUUGCCAGCUUUAAAAACCGACGGCACGCCGUGCAGGCACUUACCGACAUGGUCACCCAUGGCUACGGCUUGCCAGAGCCCCCGGCCAUCCGUGCGAGCCUGGCGCGAAACCUCGGCAUUGAUCGUUACCCGGGUCUCAAUUUGAGCCAGGGGUCCAGGUCCUCAGGACGCAGCUCGCAGUCGAGUUCUUCCAAGUUUUCAGGACGCAGCAGCUCGCCGCCCAGAAGAUUCGCCCAUCAAGACCUUGCCGAUAUCUUCCACCGCCGCACUCGCUACUGA